AAACGAACUAGCAAACGGUACCGACUAAGCUCAUCAAAUGGCCGUACAAAAACCUCUCCUGGUUCAAACCAUACAUGUGGGGGUGGGGGUACAGCCUACCCGCCAUUCCCCGGCCCCCCUUCACUCAACUUUCUGUCCUUGAUGACUCGGAGCCGCCUGAACCAGAGCUCCGGCUCCGGAUCUUCUGGUCCUCCUAAUCCGGAUCACUUGACCCAUUCUCCCAGGCCCAGGUACUCUUCAUCCUCAUCUGAUCCCAUGUCAACUACCUCCCGAGCUAACCCGCUCAAAGCCGUCGCUCGGACGGUCGCCGGAGCUUUUGCACCAUGUUUCCCUCAUCCAGAUUCAAAAGACCCGACCCAGUUUGAUGAUUCCUUCUCCUCCAAAGCCAAAGCCACCUCUGGUAUUGGCACUGGAAGUGAGAGGACACGUAAUCCAGAUCAGAAUAUUUGUAAGAAUCUUAACAAAUUAACCCACGUGGAGCAGCCUGUUGGUGUGAAAUUUACCUUAGAAGAAAUCAAUAAGGCUACAAAGAACUUUUCGUUGAACCUAAAAGUUGGACAAGGCGGUUUUGGGACUGUCUACAAGGGCCGUCUUGCAAAUGGAACUGUUGUUGCAGUCAAGCGCGCCAAGAAGUUUGUUUAUGAUAAGUAUUUAGAAAAUGAAUUUCAAAGUGAGGUCCAAACCCUGGCAAAAGUAGAGCAUCUGAAUUUGGUCAAAUUUUAUGGUUUCUUGGAGCAUGGGGAAGAAAGGAUCGUUGUUGUUGAGUAUGUUUCAAAUGGCACUUUGAGGGAACACUUGGACUGUAACAAUGGAAGGGAUGUUCUACAUCUUGCCAAGAGACUGGACAUUGCCAUAGAUGUUGCCCACUCUAUCGCAUACUUACAUACAUACACAGAUCACCCAAUUAUCCACAGAGAUAUCAAGUCAUCUAAUAUUCUCCUCACUGAACACCUCCGAGCUAAGGUCGCCGACUUUGGUUUUGCCAGGCUUGCUGCUGAUAGUGAGUCUGGAGCCACACACGUUUCUACCCAAGUCAAAGGAACUGCUGGCUACUUGGACCCAGAAUAUCUUAAAACCUAUCAUCUUACUGAGAAGAGUGACGUUUACUCGUUUGGGGUAUUGCUCGUCGAGCUUGUCACAGGAAGGCGACCCAUUGAGCCUACACGUGAACUCGAAGAGAGAAUAACUGCUAGAUGGGCUAUGAGAAAAUUCACCGAAGGAGAUACAAUUAUGAUUCUGGAUCCACGACUGGAGAGAUCUACAGCGCAUGGUGCAAGUGUAGAAAGAAUUCUUGAAUUAGCUUUACAAUGCUUGGCUCCCCAUAGACAUAACCGGCCUGAGAUGAGGAAGUGUGCCGAGAUUCUCUGGAGCAUCCGCAAAGAUUUAUGAGAUUCAAAACAACUAUCUACAGUACCACAUAUGAUGAUUCUUUUUUAUGUAUAUAUACUCCAAGCAGAUGGCAAGCUCUUAUACAGCAAGGAAGGUGCCUCUCUUCUAUGAGGAGGGGGGUGUUGAGCCAUACAUGAAAAGUAAGGUGGCAAGAUUUCCUACACUACAUGGAUCCUUCGGGCACAUGUCUCUCCAUGUGUGGGCAAAGUGCCCAUCCCAGUGAUGUGGCUUGUUUUGAUGUAAUUUUCUGUUUUUAAUGGUUGUAUGCCAGUAAAGUUUCUUGAGGGAAUAGUUGAAUGGAAGGACUGGAAGCGCACAUUCUCCAUUUCUCCCUCUAAUAUUAUAUAUGUACUUCAAAAGUGCUUUCUUGCAAAACAACUUCAUAAUAUCACCUGCAAUCGUUUGUGCUGAUGCAAUUUGUUUUUUCCUUAAACUGCAACUCGAAAAAUUAUGUACUAGACGAGUCACUGUUCUUUCCUUCUCUGAUGCAUUACCCGC